CAUUUUGCAAUCAGCUUAAAUGAAGAACAAAGAAAAGUCUAUUUUCUUGUAUGUGAUCGUCACCAAAAAAAUCAAAUAUUGAAUCAUAAACCAACACAAUUAUUACUUUAUCUUUCUGGUUCAGGAGAGACAGCACCAACUGGAAUUGCUGCAACUAAUAUAUGUAGAAGUACUAUUCAUUCUGCAUGCAAACUUGGCUUUAGUAAAAAUAGCAAAAAUACUACUAUUUUAUCUGAAGAAUCUUUACAUCAGCUUCAAGAAACAUGGUCUAAGAUAGAAUAUGUUAUAAUAGAUGAGAUUUCUAUAAUCAGUCAAAGUCUUCUUGCUCAAUUUCAUACAUUUAUAAAAAAAUUAAAAGCAACUGAUGAUUUGACCCCAUUUGCUAAAUUAAACAUAUUAUUUGUCAGCGAUUUUAUACAAUUGCCCUCUGUAUUAGACCUCACUCUAUAUGUACCAAAUAAAAUUACUCUUAUUUCUUCUAUUCUUAACUCACAAUGUUAUAAUCAAUUUGAAAAUUUAUCAAAAUACACAAAAAUAAAAUGUAAUAUUGACCUCUCAUCAAUUAAUAAUCAAUCUGUUACUAAUACAACAGGAAGAAAUCUUUGGUUAACUGUUAAACAUGUGAUUAACUUAAAAAAGCCUAUAUGUUAA